GUCCGAACAGGUGACCAGGGAGCAAGGUGCGAGAAGGUUGAACGCGCAAGCAAACGCGUCUGGAAUUGAAAAUUUACUCUUCAAUUCUUCUCUGUUUUGUUUGAGGGUAUCGACAACAACAUAUCAAAGCAUGACAUUGACAUCUUCAUUUCUCAUCUGGAAAGAGAAUUGAGCGUUUUCGGCUUGUACCUAAGUAUUCCGUCUUUUCCUUCAUCUCAGAAACCCUCAUUUUCCCGCUCAACUUGUACUUGGCUUUAGAUGUGAGUAGUGGCACCUCGUCAUAUUCUUGGUUGUGAUAUUGCUUGAAAGCCGAUUUGUUCUUCCGUGUUUUGGGUAGGAUGCCCAGGUAGGUAGCUAGGGAGGUAUUGACGCGGUGAAUCAAAGCAUCUCCGCAAGUAUCUUCUUGUAUGUAGAGGAUGGCUUCACACUUGAUUUAUAUACAUCACGAGAAUAUACACAUCAGUCGGGCAUGCGAAAGACUUGAUGGAGGAAAUAAUUAUCUGGAAAGCACAACCAUCAAGAAGAUAUUCGAAUCAUAAAUCAAUCAAGGAAGCAAGCAAGCAAGCCAGCAAGCAAAAAGUUUACGUAGUGGUGACCACGAGGAACCAUCCCAUUCAAUACUCUGCCAUCAGGUGAUUCUUCCACCAAUCUCCCCCUUCAUCUUCAAUCUCCAUAUCGUUGGUGAGAACUCGUUUCUAUUCACGCAUGGGCAGAAAGGAUAUACACAUACAGAUCCACAUCCGCAUACACACACAGAUAUACACACACACACACACACAUACAUACAUACAUACAUUCAUUCAUACAUACAUACAUACAUACAUACACAUCUUCAUCCCCUUAGCCGCCAGUUGUGAAAACUAACCGCCCACCUCAUGCUACAGUAUACUACUACCCAAAUCGUUCACAACCAAGGAAGGGCAAACACAUCUACUAUAAUUAGUCAAAGGGUAGCUUUUCCGUCGAUUAAUUAAAACCUUGUUAAGCAACUUAAAGCAAAGACAGCAAAGACGAUUUCACGACUCGUUUGAAAACGGGGAAUCAAAUCCUUUCUCUUCUGUUCCCUCCUCUUUUUCUCUCUCUUUCAACUCGACAUUCGAUCCGAAUCCAUGCAUUAAUCUUUCUUGAGGUUAUCAUCAUUUGCCUUUGGUUUAUCCUCCCAACGACAUUGAUUACCAUAGUCCGGCCUUGGACUUUCGCAAAACACAGACUUGUGCAUCGAUGAGUUGCGUUGCCUGUACAGUCUAUCAGUCCACCAGUCUGUCCGUCCGUCCGUCCGUCAGUCAGUCAGUCAGUCCAUCAGUCAGUCAAUCCAUCCCUCAGUCAGUCAGUUGAACAUUUUCGAAAAGUGGCGGCACCACCGAGGCUGAGGAUCGGAGGAUCGGUCAAGAAAGGAAAGGGAAAAAAAGGUUUCGGGCUAAAAUCACUGGGCAGCCAAAAAUUGAACAACUACGACCACAACCAAUUUUAGCUCCAGACUCUCGAUACGGUGGUCCUUAAAGAAUCUCAUCUCACAAUCCCCCCAAUUCCAAUUCCUCCCACCUCUUCAAAUAAUUCGAGAAAUCAUACAACAACAACAUCAUCCACAAUCCACCACGACAACCACACAUCGGCGAAAAAAGCCUUCCCUUCCCAAUAAUUAUACCUGUCGCCACCAAGCUUCAUUUGAUUUCCAGCAAAUAUAAUCACCCGUGGCAGAAAUUAUUGUAUGGAUUCGCCGAUUCUGUGGAUGAACAUUACACAUUGUCAUUGAUUCCGGGUGGGGACAAAGCGAUUCGACAUCCUCAACACCAUCGAUUGAAUUUCGCCCAUCCCUCCUUCACGACCCAUCUGUUGAUACGAGGCAUACACUCAAUCAUAAUAUGAGUGCUCCUCCUAUAUCGUCUCUCGCAUCGGGCGAUACGGGUGUCGAUCUCGAAGCUGCAUUCAAAGAGUCGCUCGGUAUCGCUCGAGACGUUGUCAAGGGAGUGUUAUUAAAGUCUCUUCGUGUGUCAUUCGAAGGUCACAAUAUUAGUUUCCCAGCUCAGCAAAUACUUUCUGGUGAUGAGACAUAUAAUACUCUUCUUGCCCUGCGAGAUUUAGAUUCACCCGCAGGCAUGAUGAUAGACAGUGAUGUUAUUCAGCUUCCAUAUUCCGGAAAUACCAUCAGUUCAACUUCUCAAUCGUCUACGAUGGGCGGUCAAAUGAAUCAAAUGUCCUUCUCACCCUUGACUACGAGCAAUCUCAACUCUCACACUCGUCCUGGAAAUCCAUUACAGCAACAACCAUUCAAUAAUUCCAAUCAUCGACCACAAUCUUCUUUUAAUGCCACCCAAAGUCAAACCGAACUUCCACAACUUUCCAAUUUAUUACGAACAGUGAACACAAACAACUACACUCAACAACAAACUUACCCCUCCAACAAUAACUCGUAUUCACUCUCUUCGAACCAACCUCUACGCCCUCAACUGCAACAACACAUCUCUGCCACUAAAUACCCCCAAAAUAUGGACGACCUUUUCUCCCGAUCUGAUUCAGUCCUGGCCUCGCAAAUUCCCGCAAAUCGAAGCAACUAUCAACAGCAGAUGAUUGCUCGAUUGCAGAAAGAUUCUCGAACUUUAGCAAAUCAAUCCUAUUCAAGCUACGGUGGACAGGGCCCAAUUCCUAAUCUAGAAAGAUCGAGUUCGAGCAAUUCAGUUUUGUCCAGUUCAUCUUUACCAACUUUGGCUCCUGCGCAAAAACUUCCACAAACCGAAAAUCUACUUGUUGUAGAAUCUCGAUCGAGUACGCAAAGUCGGUCAGAAACGCCCAUGGACUUGGAAAUGACUAAAGCUACCAACAUGAGGAAGCGCAAGAUACAAACAGACGAGCAGAAGGCCGCCGCGAAGAAGGCAAGGCUAUUGAAGGUUUCUGGAAAGGCCGAAAAUGCUGAAAAGAUAAAUAAAUUGGAGGUAGCAAAGAAGAAGGAACUUACAAUACCAGCCGACGUUGUCAUCCGCAUUCUCGAAUUUUGCCCUCCUAUAUUUCUCCGAAAAGCUCGUACUAUCUGUCACAGCUGGAACAAGUGGGUUAAUGGGUUGCAAUCUAUCCAUAUAAAUUGCCGCAGAGAAAACUAUGGUUACAACUUGCCUGAUGAGAUUCCAGGUCUAUCGGCAAUGCAAUAUGUUGAUCUUCUGGGAGGAAAAGGUUGCAUGGAACCUGGUUGUAAGAACAAAGAUGCAAGCAGAACACAUUGGGCUUGGAAAAAGAGGUGGUGUCUCAACUGUUGGAAGGGAAAGAUUGAGAGAGAAGAUCGAAUCCAGAAACAUCGCCAGCUCAAGUAUUCCCUCCCUGUCAUUGACAAACUGCUGGCAUGCAUUCCAGUCAGCAUGUACGACUCUUUUGGUAAACCUCAUGAUUACGUCGAAGAAGGAGACCCUGGAGCAAUUCAAACGUCAACGCACAGACUAUACAAAUACUACUUGAUUGCCGACGUCGAAAACAUCAUAAAGGAAUAUGAAGCACUCACACCCGAUCCAUAUCGUGAGGAUCCUACACAUAACGAUGCGCAGAAAGCCACCGCCCGCCAGAUUUGGGAGGAGAAGAUGGAAAAGUUAGAAGAAGAUCGUGAUGCCUUCUUCGAAGCGAAAAAGGCUAAGAACGCAAAGGUCAUGCAACUCGUUUUACAAGUCGAAGCAGCAGUCCGUGAGAAGAGGGCAAAAGGUCGCAAGCCGAAUGAUGCUAACCGCGAAAGCCGGAGAAUCCUCUUCUCCACACUUGCGAAGCGUGACCUUCCAGAUAUUCCAGAGGACUUUAUCGCCAACAGCAAGCCAUUCAAAGCAGCCGUUAGAAUUUUCAGAGAUGGUGGCUCAGAACGAGGUUGGAGAGCUUUGAAGCCGAAGAUUCAAGCAGUCUACCAGCAGGAGCAAUCGAGAAGGACUGACCAACAAGCCAUCGUUCCUGCACAAGACGUACCAAGCCGGGGUAAUUUAGACGAAGACUUUCAAAUGACUGGGCAAGAUCUCGAAAACUUUGAGCAAGCUAACGAUGCUCUCCGACAAAUUGGCAAUCAAGGUCUGCAACAAAACACACAACAAAGUCAACUGGAAAGAUAUCAAAUCCCCACAUCAGUUACAAAUAAUAGGUCGUCUCUUGCAAUGAUUCAUGCUGGUUCAUUUGAUUCUGGCAAGGGCGCUAUGGCUACAACGUUACGACCAUUGAACAAUCCAACAAUGUCAUUUCCAGGUGGUCUUCCGCUCCCCAAUGACUCUUUGCUCAACACUUCUCAUAACAAUGCCGGUCCUUCUGUCAAUUCAUUGAGCAACAUUUCUCACAACAGUGGCUUUUCUGCCAGCUCAUUGGGUCGCCUCUCUGGAAUCAACAAUGGCUCUUUGAUAGGCUCAACGAGCAUGUCUUCUCGCAGCAAUAACGGAUUUCCUGCCAGCUCAAUGAACUCUCUUACUCAAAAUCACAGUUCCAUGAUAUCGUCUAACAGCGCUUAUGGAAACAGUGGGCUUCCUGCCAGUGCAAUGUCAAUUCUAUCUCAGAACAUGGGUUCAUCGAGCAGUGCUUCCCGCAACAUUUCAAUGGCCCCUCUUCCUCAAAACGGCAACAACUCUUUCAUGGGUUCAUCGAACAAUGGUCCCCACAGCGCAAAUAACAAUCUCACCAAUUCCAUGGCCUCUCGGUCUCAAAACAUGAACAACUCCUCCAUGGGUCUGUUGAGUAACAGUUCUCGUGGCACUCAAAACAACAAUGGUGAUUUCAUGAAAAGUGCUUCUUACAGCAACAACAACUUUUCUGCAAAUCCAAUGGCUUCCCUGUCUCAGAACAUUAAUAGCGCCAAUGCUAGUUCACCAGAAGACUUUUUUAAGAUGAAUCCUUAUGGUACUUCGAACCAAAUGUCUCAGAGCAAUAAUGUAUCCUCUGCCAAUGCCCUGGGCGACUUUUCUAGCCACUCUACCUACAAUAAUGCUAUUAAUUCUGGCUCUUCGAAUCAUCUUACCCAAUGCAAUAAUACUUCGUCGCUCUUACCUCCUCCUCACCUGAGUUACGCCUCUCAAAAUAACAACGCUUCUUCUGUCAACCCAUCGAACCAGGUUUACCAGAACAAUGGCAGCUCAUCCAAUUCAUCAAACCCGGGAUCAUCUACAACUUCACGAAGUGCUAUGGCUAUCUCCUCAAUUCUCACGGGGACCCAACCUCAUGGAAAUUGAGCUGAUAAUCUCCAAAGGACAAUCAAUUUAUUGCACUUUGCGAGAAUAUCCUCAUUAAAUAUACAUUUCAUAUCACAAUCUAUUUCUUUUUCUUGCAUUUUUUUUUCUUCUUUUUCAUAAACAUUGGCGCAAAGGAAAGCGCAAUACCCUAUAAUGAAAAACGGCUACUAUCAGGAGUUUAUCAUUUGCAAUUGAGGCAGGGUCGGGUGGAUGCAUAUAAGGGUUAUGAGGUUUCAUGGAUGCGUACCAUGUGGUGGCGUCUUAGAGGCUGGUUUUUAUUCAAUUGCCUUCAAAUGACAUGGUGAAUUGGGCAUCACAAGAAACGUAUAGUUGGCGAUGGGGAGUUUUAGCGGCAUAUGGAUACUAGCCAUUGAUUUUCUCCGGUAUCUUUUUUCCUUUCACUUGUUCAUUCUUACAAUUUCAGUUCUCGUUGCAGAUGGUACGGGAUGGCACGCUGAACAAUUGUGAAAUGGGGCUUCUCUUGUUCCACGAAAAUGCCAUUCAAUGAGAGGAAAGAACGACAGGAUAGAAGAUCAAUCGGAUGUAAUUUAAGAGAUUUGAGCGAACUGAGCGGUUAUGCGUUGAUGAAUGACAUGGGGUGGAACGGAUUAGUGGGCUUGUUUCCUGGACUUACUUUUAGCAUGAUACAUAUAUUAUACCACCAAGCACACAUAUACACACUGGAAUUCUGAUUCUCUCAGCCCUACGAAUCCUGAUUUGAUCUCGGGUGGGCAAGUUAGCGUAAUCAUUAUUCUAUUGAUAAUUAAUCUCAUCUAAUUGAAUAUGAUUCA